UUGAGUGUAUUGGUCAAUUUGGAGAGGUUUGUCACCGCUGAUCGUACGCAUUUUGUAAGAAAAAAUUAACUUUGUAUUGUUGAGUCGAAAGGUCACGCGUUUAGACGAAGAAAUUCUAAUGAAAUAGCACGAAGUUGAUGAGUGUGAUUGGUGAUUAAAUUGUUUAAGUAUUUAUAGUGACAAAUCAAGCUGGAUUAUUGGAGGAGAGAUGGAUCUGAGUUUGUAGAACAUGCUGUGUUUUAAUUGAGAAAAUCGGGAGUAGUUUUUCGCGAUGGUGCAGUUGGCAUUAUGGAGUUUGUGGAGAUUAGGGGCAAUGGACAGCUUGCAUGUGAGUUCUCAACAAACAGGAAGUAAAACGUCCAGUCGUAGCGCCUCCCCUUGCAGGCCCAGAGAGCAACAACAACAGCAACAACAACUACAACAACAACACCAACCGUACCAUCCUCAUCACACGAAAACUCUGAGUCACGGAUCAGUGGAUAGUUCGAAGAGCCACGAUGGCAUCGGCGGAGGCGGCAUACCGCCCCAGAGGCCUUCCCGUCAGCAUCGGUCCCCCACCUCCAGCCUGAACCGAUCCGGCGGCCCGACCGUCACCACCGCUGUCACGACAACGGGUGAUCUAGACGAUUCCUUGAACCAAGUGUACCUUUUGGACGACAGCGGUGGGGGCGCCCUUAUGCAAGAAUACGAUCCCUCGGACUAUCCCUCCUCCUUUAUGUCGAACGGCAGUAACGAACUGAAACAGGAGGACGACACCGACAGUUUGGAUCCCAAGACGAACGCCAUUUUGGAGCAAUUGGGGACAAAGAUUAUUCGGGUGAAGGAUCUUAUCAGGACUGAGCAGAAACUUAGGGAUGAUAACGUGAACGAAUACCUGAAGCUGGCAGCUAACGCAGACAAGCAACAAGUCCAAAGAAUUAAGGCUGUGUUCGAAAAGAAGAAUCAAAAAAGUGCACAAGUUAUUUCGCAAUUACAAAAAAAGUUAGAUAUUUAUCAAAAACGCGUCCACGAAUUGGAAACGCAUGGUCCUGCUCAAGGUCAUAGACCGCCACGGGAAGUUCUGCGAGAUAUGGGCCAAGGACUCAAGAAUGUCGGUGGGAAUAUCCGAGACGGUAUCAGCUACGUGGGUGGUUCUGUGAUGUCCAAACCGAGGGAAUUUGCUCACUUGAUCAAGAACAAAUUCGGCAGUGCUGACAACAUAAGCCAGAUGUCGACGUGGUACGUAGGGCCAGGAGAAGGCGGCGGUGCCACCAAAGCCGGCGAUUCCACCGGAGGUCGAUCGGGCGGCGGUCCGACCGGUUCGGAAGGCAGCGGCGUACCGACCAACGGAGGCAGCGACCACGGCGACAAGAUCCACCAUCACCACCACCACCAUCGCGGAUCGGCGACGUUGCCGGCCACUCUACACGCCACGACGUCGCAGAGCUCUAUGGGGGGCGCGGCCGGGGCGCCGGGCGCUGCCGCGCACCCGCACCAACAGCAUUCAGGCGGGAAGUUCGUCAGCGAUGACGGUAGCGAAUGUAGUAGUGUUACGAGUGAUAGUAUAGGAAGGUACGCUAGAGAGGGCCAUGACAAAUAUACUGAUGUAAAUAAGAAAAUUAGAUUAGUGCAAGAACAAUUAGACAAUUUUAGAGAAAGUUUUGAUAUUAUUAAGUCGUUACAGCAAGAGAUACACGACCUCAACUCCGCCUUACAGGAGGAGAGGUUCAAAAGUGAAAGGUUGGAAGAGCAAAUCAACGACCUGACGGAGCUCCAUCAAAACGAAGUGGAGAACCUGAAGCAGGCGAUGGCUGAUAUGGAGGAGAAAGUGCAAUAUCAGAGCGAAGAGCGACUCAGAGAUAUACAUGAGAUGCUGGAGCAUUGCCAAACCAAAAUCCAAAAGAUGGAACAUCAAGCCCUCCAGCAACAGCAGUAUGUUACCUUGGAAGGUCUCGACAAUUCCAACGCCAGAGCGCUCGUCGUCAAACUCAUCAAUGUUUUGCUCACAGUACUUCAAGUGGUUUUAUUGUUAGUCGCCACGGGAGCGGGCAUUAUCAUGCCCUUUCUUCGUACAAGGUUAAGGAUUCUUUCGACGGUUGUACUAGUAAUAGGAAUAGCUUUUGUAUUGCGGCAGUGGCCGGAGGUGAGGGACAUCGGAUCGCACAUGAUGCGUCGCCUCAAAGAUACCCUAGAUCCGGCCCCGUAGUUGUAGCCACCGCCUGGCGCCGUUUCGACGCUGCUAAAUGCCGAGCCGUUCAUUGUUUUUUUAGGAAAAUCAACAAAAAAAUUAUAAUUCGUCGAGCUAAGACGGUGUUGCGACGUCCAGUCCAGUUCCUCACUCAGGGGCGUCCGAUAAUUACGUGAGAGGGCGCGGUCUGGACGACCCCGCUUAAUUCCGUUCAAAAAUAAGACGAAUCUUUAAUAAACACAAAAAGAGAUAGUGUUUGUAACUUAAUCUAUUUGUAGUGGAGGUGGGUUCCGUAUUUAUCUCACCAAGAAAGAUGUGGGGAGCGAAAAAGUAAGAAUAGCGUCUCACGUAAUUAUUCGACGGCCUUUUAGCAAAUUAUUUUACCUGAAAAAAUGAGUAUUUUAUCGGGUGGUAGAUUGUUGUGCAUAUUCGGAGAUUGUGUGACAGAAGAAUAAAACCGGGGUGUGACGAAAACUACAAAUAAUGAGAGAAUCAAGCUAAAUCACUUGUUUUACCCUACUUUACCCUUUUAACCUACUUUAAAAUAAUAAAGACAAUAAAUUCACUUUUUACAACGUUCACCAUUCCUAAAAUCAUGUGUUUGAAGCCAACAUAUCUCUUUUUAUGGACUAAAACUAAAAAUAAUGAGGGCAUCGAGCAAAAUCAGUUUGGAGCAUAUAAAUCUACUUUAAACACAGAAUUCACCAUUCCUAAAUUCAUCUAUUUGAAGCCAACAUACUUCUUUUUAUAGAUGAGAACUAAAAAUAAUCAAGCAUCAAGUAAAAUCACUUAUUUGGAGACAUGUAAGCUUGCCUUAAAUAUUUAAACACAUGAAAUUCACCAUUUAUAAUGUUCACCAUUCGUGAACUAAUUAAUUGAAGCUAAAAUCCUUUUUUUAUUUACGAGAAUUCAAAAAUAAUCAUAAAAACAAUCAAAAUCUUUUCUGGGACGUAUAAACCUAUUUAUAUACACCGGUAUUUAGGCGUCAACGCCCUUCCGGUAGGGAUCUGUGGGGGAGUGUCACCGAGCCGCAAGCCCUUAUCCCUUGCCGUACUGCUCCCUCAUAGGUCGAUCAGACGCCCGCAUAUUCCAGUCUAAGCAUCAGUUUUUAUUAGAAUUUUAUACUGACGUGUUAGCCUUUUUUGUUUUUCUGUUGACCUGGCUGGGGCUUGAACUCGCAUUCAUCACGGCGAAGUGAAGUGCGGUCAGCCGCUAGUCUCACUGAGCUGUCCGAUCGACUAUAUAAACCGGUAAACCUAUUUUAAAAUGCUAAAUACAUUAAAUUCACCCUUUAUAAAGUUCACCAUUCGUAAAUUAAUCUAUUUGAAUCCAAAAUACUUCUUUUCAUGGACGAAAAUUACAAAUAAUGAGAAAAUUAAGCAAAAUCACUUGUUUGAGGACUUAAAAAUUUACUUUAAAACAUAAAAUACGCGAAAUUCACCAUUUAUAAUGUUCACCAUUCUUAAAUUCAUCUAUUUGAGGCCAAAAUACUUCUUUUUUAUGAAAGAAAACUAAAAAUAAUCGUAAAAUCAAUAAAAAUCAAUUGUUUUUGGACAUACAAUAAACCUACUUUGAAACUUUAAAGAUAUGAAGUUCACCACUUACAACGUUCACCAUUUCCGAAUUCAUAUAUUUGGAGUCAAAAUACUUCUUUUUAUGGCCAAAAACUACAAAAUAAUUGUAAAAUCAAGCAGGAAUGAUAGUUUAGGAUCUAUUAACUUAUUGUAAAUUAUACGAUGUUUAUUGAUAAACAUUGUAAAGUUCAUCGAAAAAACAUAAUUUUUCUUCAGAUUUAGUGAAAAACUAUUGAGGUAAUGAGAAAAUCAAGCAAAAUAAUUUUUUAAGAACAAAUAAAUCUACGAUUGACUAGAAAAUUUCUAAAAAAAAGUUAACCAAUUAUAAAGUUCCUAAUUCACCACAAAAAAAAACUUUUUUAUAUAGUCUAAAAUUAAGUGUACCUGGUGUAUUACACGUCUGUGAACUUUAUAGUCGGUGAACACUUUUUAAUGCGUUUACUGUUGGUAAUAAAGAGCAUAAAGAUGUAGAUAUUCAAACGUGUUCGAAUUUGCACAUCAAUCAGUUACUUUUUUAGUGUUCCGGGUUUUGGGAUGACAAUAUUUGACUUAUUUAUAUAUCAACGUCAUUCUCGAAUGUUUUCUUAUUUUUUUGAUCCUCUACAGCGAAACAAAAAUUACAAGAAAUUGAUUUAAUAAUAAAAUCAACAAAAAACAACAGUUUGAAGGCGUUUUAUGUCUUAAUUGUCCAACGCAGUGUGAAGCUUAUCACUGAAAUAAGUAACUUUUACACAUUACUCAUCCGUUUCGAAGGACCAACUGUGUUUUUUAUUAUUCUGAGGUCCAGUAAUAUACAGGGUAAAUAAGUAUGAAAAACUUUAAGGGAUAAUUCUACAUGAAAAAUAAUGGCAGUUUGCUCUAUAAACGUAUGUCCGCAAAUGCUUUGUUUCCGAGAUACAGGGUGUUGAAAUUUUUAUUUCAAACUGCCAAUUUUUUUAUUGCUCUAAGACCGGUAGAGAUAUGAAAAUUACAUUUGGUGGGUUUCAAGAGGUAGUUAUUGCGCAUUUUUUGGCAAACAAAUAACAAUUUUAUAUUCAUCAUUGGCGCGCCUACGGGUGUAAUGGUCUGAAUUUUUUUAAAGAAAAAAAAAUGGUACGCCACUGAGAUAUUUCAAAUUAAAAAUUAUUUACUAAAAAGAUUUUAACUAGGUGCAAAGCUACAACAAAUGUUCAAAAUUACCUCCUUUAAAGGUGACAGAAUAAUUUUAUAUUCACCAUUGGCGCCCGUACAGGUAAUGGUCUCAAUUUUUUAAAGAAAAAAAUAGUACGCCACUGAGAAACGUCAAAUUAAAAAUCAUUUUUGUAUUCCUCGUUCAAUUUACGACAAAAAAUCAUUCUUGUCUUUUUUUCAUAUGCGGCGCCGUUUUUAUACAAAAAAAUAAAACAUCUUAACGCUUUCAAAUUAUUCGAGGUAGAUUCCAUAAUAUGCAUAGAAACUUAUUUCAAAUACUUUGUAAACGUUAAGAUAUUUUAUUUUUUUGCAUAAAAACGGCGCCUCAUAUGAAAAAAGGCAAGAAAGAUUUUUGUCGUAAAUUGAACGAGGAAUUCAAAAAUGAUUUUUAAUUUGACAUAUCUCAGUGGCGUACUAUUUUUUUCUUUAAAAAAUUCGGGCCAUUACCCUUACGCGCGCCAAUGGUGAUUAUAAAAUUACUCUGUCACCUUUAAAGUAGGUAAUUUUGAACAUUUGUUGUAGCCUUGCACAUAGUUAAAAUCUUUUUAAAAAUAUUUUCUGUUAUUGUUCUAGUUUGGCAUUAUUAUAUUGGAGAGUUCUUGAUGAUGUAUUACGAAAUGAAAAAUACGCGCGAAGAUGUUUUAUUUUUUUGCAUAAAAACGGUGCACCAUAUGAAAAAAAGACAAGAAAGGUUCUUUAUCAUAAAUUAAACGUGGAAUACAAAAAUAAUUUUUAAUUUGAAAUAUCUCAGUGGCGUACCAUUUUUUUCUUUAAAAAAAACUCAGACCAUUACCCGUCGGCGCGCCAAUGAACACCAAAUUUAAUUUUCACAGCUUAAAAGGUCUUAGAGCAAUAAAAAAAUUCGCAAUUAAAAAAAAAUUCAACACCCCGUAUCUUGGAAACGAAACAUUUGCGGACAUACGUUUAUAGAGCAAACUGUCAUUAUUUUUUCAUGUAGAAUUACCCCUUAAAGUUUUUCAUACUUAUUUACUAACACCCUGUAUAAAUAUACGUAUAUAAGACUUCAAAAUGUAAAUAGCUCAUCAAAAACUUGAAUAAAACCAAAUUUUAGUGCACAUUUCUAAGUUUCUUAUUCGUAGAGAAGAAUCAAACUGUAAAUGUACUUUUUACUGUAGACUUUAUGCUGUGAGUCCACUUUUUGUCAAUUAAAAAUAAAAAAGAACUGUGCACUUUUAUGACAAAAAUACUUUUCUUUCCAAUAUUAUGUUCAGACGAUGUAUUAAUUGUUAAAAAAUGUCUAUUGGACUAUUUUUUGUCGGUCCUACAACAUACAAUUCGACAUUAAAUGUUUACUGACUGUCUUUUUACAACAUGUAGGUUGAUCUACUGAUAUAUGAACUCUACAUUUAUCAAGAGGGUUAGAACUAAUUUCAAAUGAAAAACACAAAAAAAUAGUUAAAAGAAAACAAGCGAUUCACAAUUAUUUUCAUCAAAGCUAUCCGAGCAAAAAAUUACCUAUGUCUUGUUUUAAUCUGAAUUUGUAUCAUUGCAUUUUGAUUAACAUUUUAAAACCAAAAUUAGCCAAAAGAACUUUAAUCAAAAAUCGAAAAAAAUAAAAUUAUAAGUAGGUAACAAUAAUAAAUACAAUCAAAGAAGAUGCUGAAUAUGUCCACCACCAACAUCUCUACGUAACGUAACUCUUCUUCUUAUCGAGUCUAUAACAUUGUUUAGGAUCUACGGAGUAUUAUAUAGUUCUUCAAUAUGAUUCUCUCAUUCUUUGUCUAAGAUCUUUCAAAUCCGCUAGAGAAGUUCUAAAAAUCGAAUUUUUUAAAUGUGGCCACACAAAAAAAUGCAGGGGAAUGUAAUGGGCAUAUUUAAACUUAUUGUCGAAAAAGACCAUAAAAUUCAAAUUUUGCAGCCCCUCUCAAAAUUCAAAUUUUGUAUGAAUUGGAGCCCCGUCUUGCUGAAAAGAUCCUUAUAUUAGUAAAUCAUCCAUCAAUUGAUUUAUAGAUGGAGUUAAAAUUUUUUGACGAUAUCUGUCAGCAUUUAGAAAAAAUCCCUUCGAAAAAUAUAGGUCCUACAAUAUGUCGCUUGCUAAUAGCAGCCCAAACUCCAAGUUUUUGUGGAUAUAAGGGAUUAUAUCUCAAUCAAAUAAUGCGGGUUAUCUGCACUCCACAUCCUCAUAUUCUGACCCUAAAAAGGCUAAUACAUCAUCAUUAUUAUUGAAAUUGUUCAGAAACAAAUUACAGAACGCUAGCUUUUGGGGAUAGAAGUUUGGGGUGGUUUCAUUAAAGGUUUGUAAACGAUACGGAUGAAAACGUAAAUCUUGCUUAAAAUGCGCUGGCAAGUUCCACAUAAAAGAUCUACUUGAUGUAAAUGCUGAAUUGAAGCGCUUAUUGUAUAAAGGGUAUAAGUCCGCAAUACUUAGUUUUGAGAAAAAAGAAAAAAACUGUUUAUGUUUAGAAACUUGAUGAUCUAUCAAAUUUUGUUCUACAGAUGAAAUGUAGAAGGAGACUAGUAGAGUGACAUGUGGUACAGCAAACUUGGCUUUGAAAACGAUUAAGGUCAAAAAGUCGUUUUUAAAGGCUGGGACUUGAUUCCUUUAUACAAUCGACGAAUAAAAGACGAAAUAGUGCUGCUUCUCUACAGUUAAAUUAUUAAUUUAUUCAUAAGGUUUAUUAUUACAAACAAGACCUAAAAUACGUCGUAAGACUAACUAACGUAAGCUAACCGAAGUAAUAAAAUAAACGACAAAGUGCCACAAACGAUGGUGGUGCCACAAGAAUUAUUGUAUAAAGGUAAUCAGUCCCGGACUAGUACCCUUUAUACGCUCAACAAGAAUUUUAUCGUGCGAUAUUUCGCGUACGGUGAGACAUACAAAUUUCCUUUAUAGACUCAUCGAUCCGUCGACGUUGGUUUAACAAAACGUAUAUCUCACUUUAAUUUCGUACGAAAGUGGACUUAUUCCCUUUAUACAAUAAGCGAUUCAGUUGAUGUACGUGGUUGAUCGACAAUAACUGUUCUGACCAGUUCGAUGUUUUAUUCAGUUCGCUCUUUAGGCCUGCCUGCCCCUGGCUUGUGAGUUACGCUUCCCGUUUCUCUAUAAACAUCUACAAUGCGACGAAUAGUUCUGCAAAGACUAAUGAAUAGCAACAUUGGGAAAUUCUUCAACAUAAACUUCAAAAGCAUCUCGGUUGGAGUAAACCCAUUCUCCGUUAAUUCUUUGGCCAUUUCUAAAAUACAUUUCGAGCAAAGAUUGCUUUUAUUCAUUUUUAAUAAUAAUUUUGUUGUUUACUAAAACUUGAAAAGUCAAAAUUGACGUACAACUGAUAAGUAUAUCUGAAUUAAUGAUAGACAUGCGCUGUAUAGCUAUAUCUGUCCUUCAGAGCCCAGUAUGAUGACAAUAAUUUUGGAUCAAUGGAUAUCGUUUCGUUUAGUACAUCGUAAGAACGUACAGUUAAAUAUUUUUCGUAUAUUUUUGUUUCUCUUUGUAGCUGAUCGAUUUCCUGCUCAAAAACUCGGUACACCGACGAUUUUUUAGACUAUUUGUUUUUAACUAAACGGCAACUCAAGAUUUGUAAUAUGUGUAGAAGAAUUUUUGGUACAGGAUUUUUUCAUGUUUGUGAUUAUCGAUUUUUUUGUCAUAUUGGCGAAAACACACCCAGAGAUUUUCAUAUAUGGCCAAUAUAUUUCAAAUGUCGUUUACUUUUAUACCAAUAUAUUUUAUUAGAUCAAUUAAAUUGAUAUUUAUUACCUA